AUGAAUGAAUUCAUUUCAUCGGACACCGUAAUUUUUCACUGUGAAUUGAAAGUUUCUACGGGAAGUGUAACAAGUUUAUUGAAUAAUGAACCGAAUAAAAUUGAUCAAGUACUGUCACCAAAACUAAACUUCAACUGGGUAUUUCUCGAUAAAGGUUUGAGUGAUGUUAAACUAAAAACAGCAUGUGGAAAAGAAAUUCCAUCACAUAGGGUCGUGCUCGCAACUGCCAGUCCAGUAUUCAAAGCCAUGUUCAACCAUGACAUGUUGGAAAAUAAAAGUCAAUUAGUUGAUAUGAUUGAUAUUAGCCAUGAAGCUACUGUCGAGAUGCUACGAUACAUAUACACAGGUAGUGUUGAAACUAGCGAGUUUCCGUUAACUAUUGACCUUUUGGCGGCCGCUGAUAAGUACCAACUUGAAGAAUUGAAAAAUAAGUGCGGAGAAAUAUUAAGCGCCAAAUUAUCGACUGGAAAUGGCAUUGAGACUCUUUCGGUAGCUGUUAAAUAUAACAUGGAUUGUUUGAAACAAAAAGCAGCUGAUUUUAUUAAAUUACAUAUUAACAAGUUCUAG